AUCCGAUCUUUUGCUAAUGAUGACCGCCAUGUAAUGGUGAAACAUUCAACCAUUUAUCCAUCUCCAGAGGAACUCGAAGCUGUCCAGAACAUGGUCUCAACAGUAGAAUGUGCCCUUAAACAUGUCUCUGACUGGAUGGAUGAAAAGAACAAAUCUACAAAAUGUGAGGGUGAUGUGGACGCAAAGGAAGAAGCUGCAGAAGGCAAUGCCAAGGAUCAAAGUGGUCGGACAUUAUGUGGUGUCAUGAGAAUUGGCUUGGUUGCAAAAGGCUUGCUGAUAAAAGAUGAUAUGGAUCUGGAGCUGGUUCUUAUGUGCAAAGAAAAACCCACAAAGACUUUGUUAUGUAUAGUUAAAGACAAUCUCCCAGCUCAAAUCCAGAAACUUACAGAAGAGAAGUAUCUCGUGGAGGAGCAUGUAAAUGAGGCAGCUAUUAUUAUUCGUAACACAAAGGAGCCCAAGCUAACUUUGAAGGUGAUACUCACAUCCCCUCUCAUUCGAGAUGAAGCAGAGAAGAAGGAAGGAGAUAAUGUUGCGAUGAAAGAUCCUCCGGACUUAUUGGACAGGCAGAAAUGCCUGGAGGCCUUGGCGUCUCUGCGGCACGCCAAAUGGUUUCAGGCCAGGGCAAAUGGACUAAAAUCAUGUGUAAUUGUCCUUCGUAUUCUGCGGGAUUUGUGCAACAGAGUCCCCACAUGGGCACCACUGAAAGGAUGGCCACUCGAGCUUAUAUGUGAAAAAUCUAUAGGUACUUGUAAUAGACCUUUGGGUGCUGGGGAAGCAUUGCGGCGAGUGAUGGAGUGUUUGGCAUCUGGAAUUCUACUUCCUGGAGGCCCUGGUCUGCAUGACCCCUGUGAACGGGAGCCAACAGAUGCUUUGUCUUAUAUGACAGUUCAGCAGAAAGAAGCCAUUACACACAGUGCUCAGCAUGCUCUCAGAUUAUCAGCCUUUGGUCAGAUCUAUAAGGUUUUGGAAAUGGAUCCCCUACCAUCAAAUAAAUCAUUUCAGAAAUAUUCCUGGUCAGUAACUGACAAAGAAGGUACAGGCUCAUCUGCUCUUAAGAGACCAUUUGAAGAUAGUGUUGGGGAUGAUAAAGAUCCAAAUAAAAAGAUGAAGCGUAAUCUGAGGAAAAUACUAGACAGUAAAGCAAUAGAUCUCAUGAAUGCUCUGAUGAGGCUGAACCAAAUCAGACCAGGGCUUCAAUACAAGCUGCUGUCACAGUCUGGUCCAGUCCAUGCCCCAGUCUUCACAAUGUCUGUAGAUGUUGAUGGUACAACAUAUGAAGCAUCAGGACCUUCUAAGAAAACAGCCAAGCUCCAUGUGGCAGUGAAGGUUUUACAAGCAAUGGGGUAUCCCACUGGUUUUGAUGCAGAUGUAGAGUGUAUGAGUUCUGAUGAAAAAUCAGAUACUGAAGGUAAAAAUGAAACAAUUUCUUCAAUCUCAAGCAAUAAUACUGGAAAUUCCACAGCUGACACCUCCACUACCCUAGAGGUAAGAACUCAGGGCCCUAUACUCACAGCAAGUGGCAAAAACCCAGUGAUGGAGCUCAAUGAAAAAAGAAGAGGUCUGAAGUAUGAGCUCAUCUCUGAGACAGGUGGAAGUCAUGACAAGCGCUUUGUGAUGGAGGUAGAAGUAGAUGGGCAGAAGUUCAGAGGUGCAGGCCCAAACAAGAAAGUAGCAAAAGCAAGUGCUGCACUAGCAGCACUUGAAAAACUGUUCUCUGGGCCUAAUGCAGCAAACAACAAGAAAAAGAAGAUUCUUCCUCAGACGAAAGGGGUUGUCAAUACAGCUGUUUCUGCAGCAGUCCAGGCUGUUCGAGGCAGAGGACGAGGUGCUUUAACACGAGGGGCAUUUGUUGGGGCAGCUGCUGCUACUGGAUACAUAACACCAGGCUAUGGAGCACCGUACGGCUACAGCGCAGCGGCGCCAGCUUACGGUUUACCCAAGAGAAUGGUUCUGUUACCAGUUAUGAAAUUCCCAACUUAUCCUGUUCCCCACUACUCAUUCUUUUAGCAAAUGGCAGAAGCUAAUUCCUAUUGAUUGAACAACACAGUACAGUACAGAAUGUUAGAAGAAAAA